AGGAAGUUGAGUGGUGAAACCAGUCCAUCUCCUUCAACUCGGGAAGGAGGCCAGGCUGGGGAACGGUAUAAAGGGCAGCCUGGCCCCUGCUCAGCUCAGCACUCCACUGGAAGCUUCUCUGGCCAUCCUUCCCGUGAGUCUGGUUGACCUAAAGCAACUUCCAAGAUGUCGCAGCAGUACACUCUGCCAGUGACCCUGCCCCCUGCCCUCAGUCAGGAGCCCCUCAAGUCUGUUCCUCCUCCCACUGAUAUCCAGCAGGAACAAGUGAAGCAGCCAACUGUGCUGCCUGCCCCAUGCCUGGAGGUACCCUCUGAGCUCCCAGGGGAGACCCCUUUGGAGCACAGGGAGAAACACAUAACUCUUGUGAAGGAGAUACCCGAGCAAGAGUGUGAGCUGCAGCAGGAGGAGCCACAGCAGCUGGAACAGCAUCAUGAGCAACAGCAACAACAAGAGUCACAGGAACAGGAACAGCAUGUGGAACAGCAGCAGCAAGAGUCACAGGAGCAGGAACAGCAUGUGGAACAGCAGCAGCAGCAACAAGAGUCACAGGAGCAGGAACAGCAUGUGGAACAGCAGCAGCAGCAACAAGAGUCACAGGAGCAGGAACAACAUGUGGAACAGCAGCAGCAACAAGAGUCACAGGAGCAGGAGCUGCAUCUGGAACAGCAUGUGGAGCAGCAGCAGCAGGAGCUACAGGAGCAGGAAGUGCAGCAGCAGCAGCAGCAGCAGCAGCAGCAGCAACAAGAAGAGUGUGGGGAAUAUCAGGAAGCAGAAGAUUCGGAGCAGCAGCUGAAGCAGGAGAAGGCACAAAGGCAGCAGCCGCUAAAGGGAGAGCUGGAACAGGAGAAGAAUCUCCUGGACCAGCAGCUAGACCAAGAGCAAGCAAAGAAAGAUGAGCAACUGGAAAGGAAAGAGGAGCAGCUGCUGGAACACCUGGAGCAGCGGGAGAAGCAGCAGGAGCCAUCAGCGCAGCAGGAGGGGCAGCUGAAACAGCCUGCGUUUACCCCAGCCCCUGGCCAGGACCAGGAGACCCACCCUGCCCAGCCGCUGAAGGGAGACGUCUUGCUCCCUGAAGAGCAGCAGCAGCAGCAGCAGCAGGUGUAGUGCCCCCUCAAAUAUAAAUCACCACCCCCAGGGGCCCAGAGGCCCCCGGCAACCUCACACAAGUGAAGAGAGCGCCAGUGGCCUCGCUUACCUCAGGUCCCCUGCCUGGUGGCCCGCCUUGUCUGUGAACCUGCCCGACCCUGUCCUUCCGCAUGUCCUUUGGUAGGGCUGGGGGGGAGGGGACGUUGCCGCCCAGCGCCCAUCCCCCUGAGCCCAGCCCCAACCUCCGGUGGCCAGAGCCUCUGCCUGAGGACAGUUACUACAGCAACUCUGACUGCACCCUCAGUGUGAUAGCUGAAUCUGUGAGUGUGCACAGUGAUACAGAAUAAAUCCUAGAAGUCCUGGG